CCCAACUCAGCAGAGGAACUUCCUCCUGGUUAAUUUCCAGCAGGAUGCAGGAGGCCUACCAGACCCAGCUGAGUGGCUUUGGAUCCCGGCAGGGGCUCGCUCAGCUGAGCCAAAUCCGGACGGGACCUAACAGUUAUGCCAGAGACCAACGUAGGGGCCGGUGUGGGGCCGGACGGGAGAGCCCGCCAGGCUCGGCAGUGGCGGGUGGAACGGAGGCGGGGCCGGGGUGAACACGCACCGGAUCCGCGCUGUGACGCGCAGAACCAAGGGCGGGACCUCGGCGGUGACGCUCGGACCCGGCCGCCCCGGGAGACCGAGGACCCAGACGGGCCGCGACCGCUGCAGUGCGGGGGCCAGCGUGGGCGGACCGAGGAGGCUGAGUCCAAGACCACGACGAGAUCCCGGACCGUGGACGCGGUUCGUCCCGGAGCCUGGCGUCAACAUAUGGAGCUGAUCCUGAGGACUAGCCCAGCUGAGCUGACUCUGGAUUCCACAUGCCAGCCAGAGCUGACCCUGAGACUCAACCUGACCAAGCUAACCCUGGAUCCUGCACACCAGCCAGAACUGACCCUGAGUCCCAGGCUAGCUGAGCUGACCCUGGAUUCCACAUGCCAUCCCAAGAUGACCCUCAGUCCUGGCCCCACUCAGUUUACCCUGGAUCGGCAGACAGAGGAGAGCCCCAAUCCCAGCCUGGCUGAGCUGACCCUGGAGCCCGUGCACCGCCAUCCUGAGCUCUUGGACGCAUGUGCUGACCUCAUCAAUGAGCAGUGGCCCCGCAGCCGGGCCUCCCGCCUGCACUCUCUGGGCCAGUCCUCGGAUGCCUUCCCUCUCUGCCUGAUGCUGCUGAGCCCUGGCCACGCACCUCAAUCAGUCUCCACUGUUGUGGGCCAUGCCCGCCUCUCCCGUGUACUGGAUCAGCCUCAGAGCCUCUUAGUGGAGACAGUGGUGGUGGCCCGGGCCCUGAGGGGCCGUGGCUUUGGCCGCCGCCUCAUGGAGGGCUUGGAGGUUUUUGCUCGGGAUCGGGGCUUCUGCAAGCUGCACCUCACCACCCAUGACAAACUGCACUUCUAUGCACACCUGGGCUACCGGCUGAGCAAGCCUGUGCAGGGUCUGGCCUUCACCAGCCGCCAGCUACCCGCUGCCCUGCUCAGUACCUUCUCCAGGGCCCCUUCACUGCAGCCACCCUGCGAGACUCCCAGCCUGACUGUCAAAACCACCCCAAAAGGCUCCAGGGCACCCCCAUUGCCACCGCCCCCUCCCCUCCCCGAACCUCUGCCCACUUCACGUCUGUCUUCUGCAACGUCCCCAUCAUUGGAGACACAGUACCAUGAUCUAAAAGGAUGCCCCAUAUUCUGGAUGGAGAAAGACAUCUGAGCACACCAGGACAAGAUGACUUCUGGGCAUGUGCACUGCCUAGCCCAGAAAUGGCCACAACCCUCUGUCCAUGCCCCUCGGGGGCAGCUUUUGCCUGGACAAGUGUCCUGGAUACCAGAGGCCCAGGAGAUGGCUCUGCAGCUCUGGCUUGGAGCCCUCCAUAUGGCUGAAUAAAGGCUUCCGUCAGGUGU